CUCCUCCACUCCUCCACUCCUCCUCUCCUCCUCUCCUCCUCUCCUCCUCUCCUCAUUCUUCUUAUUUAAACCCCCUUUUCCUUCUCAAAUUCUCCACCAAUAAACCUUUUAAUUCAACAAUUUUCUCAAACAAACAUGACUCAAUUGGCCAUGGGACACCUCUGGAACAAUAUCGGCUCUUUAAUGGCCACCGCCAUGUUCGUUUGGGCAAUCAUCCAACAAUACUUCCCUUACCAUCUCCGUGCCUACAUCGAACGAUACGCUCACAAGUUUAUUGGGUUUCUUUAUCCUUACAUCACAAUCACUUUCCCUGAAUACACCGGCCAGCGUCUCCGGAAAAGUGAAGCCUUUACCGCUAUUCAGAAUUACCUCAGUUCACGAACCUCAAUUCGAGCUAAGCGUCUGAAAGCAGAGGCGGUCAAAGAUAGCAAAUCUUUGGUUCUUAGUAUGGAUGAUAAUGAAGAAGUUAUUGAUGAAUUUCAAGGCGUUAAGAUUUGGUGGACUUCCCGUAAAACCGUACCCAAGACUAAGAAUAUAUCUUACUUCCCGGCUUCCGAUGAGAGACGGUCUUACAAAUUGACGUUUCACCGGCGACACAGAGAAACCAUUCUUGACUCUUUUAUUAAUCAUAUUAUGGAAGAAGGAAAGACCGUCGAGCUGAAAAACCGGCAACGGAAGCUUUAUAUGAACAAUUCCAGUACGAAUUGGUGGGAUAAAAGUAGUUGGAGACAUGUCCCUUUUGAGCAUCCAGCCAAUUUCCGUACUCUGGCUAUGGAUCCAAAGAAGAAACAAGAGAUUGUGAAUGAUUUAGUGAAGUUUAAGAAAGGGAAAGAGUACUAUGAGAAAGUGGGGAAGGCUUGGAAACGUGGGUAUCUUCUGUACGGUCCACCAGGAACAGGGAAAUCCACCAUGAUCGCUGCCAUGGCAAAUUUCAUGGAGUAUGAUGUUUAUGAUCUUGAGCUGACGUCUGUUAAGGAUAAUACAGAGUUGAAGAAGUUGUUGAUCGAGAUUUCCAAUAAAUCCAUUAUUGUGAUUGAGGAUAUUGAUUGUUCACUUGAUCUUACGGGGCAACGGAAGAAGAAGAAGAAAACAGAGGAGGAGGGAGAUGAAGCGAAGGAGAUUGAGAAGAAGGCUAAAGAGGAAGAGAAAAAAGAGAGCAAAGUGACGCUUUCUGGGCUGUUGAAUUUCAUAGACGGAAUUUGGUCAGCGUGUGGUGGAGAGAGGUUGAUUAUUUUCACGACGAAUCACAAGGAAAAGCUUGACGAAGCUUUGAUAAGAAGAGGAAGAAUGGACAAACAUAUAGAAAUGUCUUAUUGUGGUUUCGAAGCAUUCAAAGUUCUUGCAAUGAAUUACUUGGAUGUUGAAUGGGAUGAUUCAUACGAUAAAAUUAAGGAGAUGCUAGAAGAGAUAGAAAUGGCACCGGCAGACGUGGCAGAGAAUUUGAUGCCAAAAUACGAAGGGGAAGAAACAAGCGAGUGUUUCAAGAGAUUGAUCAAGGGACUUGAGGAUGCAAAAGUGGCAGCUGAGAAGAAGAAAGCAGAGGAAGAAGCUGAAGCAGCAAAAAUGGCAGAGAAAGAGAAGGAGAAGAAGGAAAAAGAGGAGAAGAAGAAAGCUGAGGAAGAAGCAGAAGCUGCUAAAAAGGAAGAGGAGAAGAAGAAGGAAGAAGAAGAAUCGGGUGAGAAGAAGGAAUGUAGUAAAUGCAAUGGGGUAGCAACAAGAGAGGUGAAGGAGAAUGGUUAUGUGGAGAAGAAACAGAACAAUUGAGAAAGAAAAGCGAUGUACGAGGAUAGUACAUUUUAGACUUUAUGUGUGUGUAUGCGCAUGUCAAUUUAGUGGGUCAUUGAAGGUUUCUAUUUGAAUCGAUUAUUGUGUUAAUAAAAAAAAAAAUGGUUUGUAACAAUGCAGUGGCCAAUGCUCAUGGAUUGAUUAUAUUAGGUAUGUUAUGACUUCUACUAUCAUUAA